AUGGGUGCCAUGACCUUCCGGGUAUGUCCUCAGCGCAACCAGGCCAGCCGGGCUCGUGUGCGCUCGACACCGGACGUGUUGCCACCCCCCGGCGCCACGUUGGGCGAGGUGUUGCUUCAGGAGCAGCUGGAAGAGGCUCCGAUCUCUGCCAAAGUUUCCACUUGGCCAUCGCUGGAUUCGGAAGCCUCGACGGAGAGGUCCGAAAGCUCGAGUGACAGAUCACGGCGGCACAAGCAACAGAAGGCGGAGCUGCUCUCACCGCCUCCUUCCGGCUGCGUGCCGAAGGGCAGGCAGGCUCGAUGUGAUGGAGUUGAAGCUCCAGAGGACAUGGAUGCCUGGCAUCGUGCCACGUCUUUCUCGGAAGCUGUGAACUGUCUGGCCACGGAUGGUGCCAACGGAGCUUCGGUCACAAAGCUGGCCUUGGUCGGAGUGGCGCUGACCGACGAGGAAGCUUCCAGACUUGCAGAUCAUCUUCACAGCAAUCCCAACGUGUUACGCCUCGCCCUGGUAGAAUGCAACCUUGGUGACCAGGCCGCCGAGCACUUAGCCGAGGCCUUAGCCGCCAACGAUGUUUUGACAUCUCUCUCCUUGGAGGGCAACCGGGUAGGGGAUCGGGGUGCCGGUCGGCUGGCGAAUGCUCUGCACAGGAACGAGGCUUUGACCUCUCUGAGCUUGGGCAGGAACUGUGUGGGAAACCAGGGUGUCAAACAAUUGCUCGACGCCUUGGAGAGCAACUACACACUGCGAAUUCUGGACCUGACCAGCAACAGCGUCUCACGGCCUGGCUGGUCCAUUGCAGGUGACGGGCGAACGGCUAACCAGAAGCGCCUGCAGGCACGAUGGAAGUACGUGCCGGUACAAGAACUUCACGCUUGCGUGAGCAUGAGCUUCACUUAUAACUGUACCUCGCUCUCUGCACAGCGGGCAGCCGCCCAAGCCACGGCCACGGACGCCGCGCUGGGAAGCGCCAAACCAGGAGGUGGAGGUCCAAUCUUUUGCUUCAUUUUCCUCGCUCUUGCUGCAGGCCGUGCAGAUGGAUUUGGAGAAACCAAGGAUUCGACCAGGAUGCGAGACGUUUUGCAGCUUUGGGAGAAGGAGACGCGGGCGCUGGUCGAUGAAGUUGUCGUGCCCGACUUUCUAAGUUGCAGCUUCGACAAGGGGUGGGAGGCGGUUCGUCUUGAGAUGCUCACAGCUCUUCACCAUGCGCCGCAGGGUCUUCCGAGAUUUCCUGAAUCACUUGCUGAACUUCCGAAGUAUCCGUGGCUGGAGAAGCUGUUCUCUUUGGCAAAGACCAUCCAGGAGGAGACCGUGGUACACAGGCAUGAGGGUCAGUGGCAUCUUGCCGGGGACUUUCACGGAUUGAAAGCGCUAGCUCUGCAGCCAAAACAUCUGCAGCCUGAGACGAAGUCGUGCUUCUUCGGCUACAUCAACAUGUUCUACAUCGUCGCGUGGUGGUACGCCCUGAGCAUGGAUUUUAAUGAGGCGACCUUGUACCUGCAACUGAUCUCACAACUCCUCAAGAAAGGGCAGCUGGAUUGGACUGAGCAUUCUGGCUGGCCCAUCACCUCAUGGAGUGUCUACCUGAACAUCCAACGCAUGCAUACGGGGAUGCCUUUCUCGCCUCUUCCCGAAGACCCGACUCCUGUUCAUCCACUAUCACACUUGGUACCGGCAGUUUGGCCGCUGCCAGGAUCCCGACAUUACAUAUCCAAGCAACCACUCCAACCGCAAAGUAUCAGCGUAUUUUACAUUGCAAUGCAUGUCGUCCCUUUCAAUGACUUCUUGACAUUUCUAGAUGAAUGGUGGCAGACGGCUGGUGGAGCAGAUGCAUCUUCAGUGAAGAUCUAUCCGAACUACAUGGGCUUUCCUCGAUGCUGUCCUGGUGUUGGUCAGGCAUGCUCCCAGAAGGACUUAGAAGCCGCGGUGCCGAUGCAGAAAGACUGGAGGAUACCUUACUGCUGUCAAGACGAGCACCUCUACAGCUUGAUAGGCGUUCCGCGACUUCAUGAUCACAGCCAGGGCCAAUGGGAAGGUGCGUACCGCAACCACCGCAAUGACCACUGGUCGGAUGUUAAGAAGGAAUUUGCUGCUAAGUACUACGACUGGAUGGACUCCCAUGUGGAUCUUGUUCUUUGUGGCCAUCCGAUCUUCUGGUGCACCCUUUUCGAGGACUUGCUGCGUGCCAACCACAAGAAGUCAAUGAUCGCUGUUUACGACCAACCGCCUUUCUUCUUGGUGCCCGAAGAUGGCGAGGAUGAUUUUGCGGACCGCUUGCACGCUCUUGCGGACCCGGAAUUCCGAAACGCCGUCGUGGUAGGCUUUGCUCCUUUCUUCACGCGCCAGUUUGAAUGGUUAUUUGGUCGCAAGAUCCCUCACAGUCGCCCAAUAGCUUUGGUCGUGAAAGAUGUUUGGCAGCCACUUCAACCAGAUUCCGUGCUGUUUUCCACUUCUAUUGAUGCAGAAGCGAUAGGGAUUUUCUUUCGCUACGCGGAGGAGAAUGUUAUCAUGGAUCCAAGUGGCUUGCAGCUGAGAUUCCUGGAGUGGGGCUUGGAUGCCGCUGCCAGGAAUGCGGGACGCACUGGUCUGAGCUACGAGACUCCAAAAUCGGAGCUUGCACAGCUUCGUUGUGUCGUCGUUACGCCGUAUGACUUCGCACACUUCAAGCUGCCGGAGUUCAAGGCCAUGGGGAUGCCGAUGUUCAUGCAUUCGCAACUCUGGAAAUGGACCACCCGUUGGUCGCAACUGAUUGCGCGCCCCGCCGGCCGCAAUGCCUCCCAAUUUGCAGACAGUCGCUGGCACCCUCCAAGCGAAUGCUACACCGAACCGCAGACACAGGAGCUGCAAAUGCCAACUCUACCGGAGUCGUUCUACAGAGACCCUUGGGGUUUCCUCCCCGACGAGGGCCCAUGUUCCAAGGCUUUGUCGCAGUGGGAAGAUCACACAGGACCCUUCGGACGCUCGCCGUUUCAGCUGUUCACCAUCGACCGCAGGGAUUUACAACCAUUAGACGGCACACUUUUCUGGUCCCAGUGGAGCGAGAUGGCCCUGCUGCCCUACACCAUCUACUUUGAUUCGGCAGCGCAUCUGAUCGCACUGCUUCGGCACUUGCCGCUGGAGGCGUUGAUGGACCUCUCGCGGGCGACGCGACAUUGGCACCGUCGAGAAGCAUAUCAGGUGAUCGAGUUUUGGCGUGGACUGACUGUCGCCCUUCUUGGGGGUGAUGCUGGAACCUUCAAAGGAGUAAUGCCCGGACAGUGA